AUGUUGUUGUUGCUGUACAGAUGAGCGGCAGAAAAACAAAUAUACUCAAAUUCUUCCCGUUUUUUUUCCACAUAAAUAACGACAAAAUAUGGGGAAGAAGCACAAGAAACACAGACCCGAGUGGAGAGCGGUUGAAGGAGACUAUGAGGACAAACCCCUUGAUAAACCCCUGAAGCUGGUACUCAAGGUGGGCGGCAGUGAAGUGACCGAGCUCUCCGGCUCCGGACAUGACUCCAGUUACUAUGACGACCGCUCUGACCACGAGUGGGAGCGGCACAAAGAAAAGAAAAAGAAGAAGAAGAAGAAAUCAGAGAAGGAGAAGUACGUAGAUGAUGAGGAGAGGAGGAGGAGGAAGGAGGAGAAAAAGAAAAAACGUGAGCGAGAACAGUCAGAAAAUGCCGCCAGUGCACCAGUGGAACCGUUCACCCUGCCGAAACCUGUGGAGGUGGUUCCAGAGGAGAAGAAGAGGAAGCGGGACAAAUUUGAAUCCGAAUCGGAGGCGGAUGAAUUUCAUCCUGGGGUGAAAGUAGAAGUGGAGCAGCAGGCGGAUCGACCCGUACGAGCCUGUCGAACUCAACAAGAAAACGAAUCCACUCCACGCCAGCAGCUCUUGGAGCACUUCCUGCGGUUACUUCAGAGGAAAGAUCAACACGGAUUCUUCGCCUUCCCUGUAACAGACGCCAUUGCACCAGGAUACUCCAUGAUAAUUAAACAUCCCAUGGACUUUAGCACUAUGAAGGACAAAAUUGCUGCAAACGAAUACAAAACUAUCACAGAAUUCAAGGCAGACUUCAAGCUGAUGUGUGACAAUGCCAUGGUUUACAACCGACCAGAGACGGUUUACUACAAAGCUGCUAAGAAACUUCUCCACACAGGAUUCAAAAUGAUGAGCAAAGAUAAGAUGGAGGAACAAUCACAGACUUCAAAGGAGCGGCUGUUAGCUUUGAAGCGCAGCAUGUCUUUUAUGCAGGACAUGGAUUUCUCUCAGCAGGCUGCCAUUUUGGGUGAUGACGACAUCACACCUGAGGAACCGGUGACGGAGAUCAUGCCGAUCCACACGGAAUACCCCAAAAAAUCCAAAAAGCAGCCUGUCAAAGAGCCCAUCAUCAGUGAUAUGUAUGAGCUAGAGGGCAACGCUUGCAGUUUGACGGACAGCACGGCAGAGGAGCACGUAUUGGCACUGGUGGAGCACGCGGCGGAUGAAGCCCGGGAUCGAAUCAACCGCUUCAUGCCAAACUCUAAGAUUGGUUACCUUAAAAAGGACUCAGAGGGUUCCCUGGUGUACAAUGUUGUAAAUCAAGAUCCUGAAGCAGAAGAGGAAGAGACUCAUCUUGUAGAUUUGAGCUCUUUGGCAAAUAAGCUCAUACCUGGACUGACGUCUCUGGGGUUUAAAGACGACAGGAGACACAAAGUGACGUUUUUGAGCAGUGCGUACAACACUCAGACCCUUCAGAACAACUCUGUCUAUCCUGACCUGCUUCCAGAGGAGAUGGACAUGCUUUACUCCGCUUACGGAGACGAGACCGGGGUCCAGUGCGCUCUCAGUCUGCAGGAGUUUGUUAAGGGUUGUGGGAGUUUUACCAAAAGGCUUGUAGAUGAUUUGCUGGAUAAAAUGACGGCUGGUGAUCACUCGAAGGCUGUCAUUCAAGUCCGACAGAAAAGAAACAUGCCGAUUGAUGACGCUAAGGCUAGUUUAUGUGGCAUGCAGGGAACAGAUGAAGCCGGCUCAGUCCUUGAUUUCAUGUCCAUGAAGAGCUACCCAGACAUGUCUCUAGAUAUGCUCAACACGUUAAGUAAAUGUGUGAAGAAGGAGCCGGAGCAUGAGGACGGUCAUCAGCACUUUGACGACACAGCCAAACUCCUGCAGGAGUUCCAGGAUGCAGCGGUGGACAGGGUCGGAUCCCGACCGUCCUCCAAUCUCUCUUCCCUGUCAAACGCUUCAGAAAGGGAUCAGCAUCAUUUAGGAAGUUCACCUCAUCUGGGUGUUGGAGAUCAGACAGAGAUGGUCCAAGACCCGUAUGAGUUCCUGCAGUCUCCAGAGCCUGGCUCCACUGCCAACAGCUGAUACACCAACACACUGUAAUUAUGUGCUCUUAUAAAGGACUGUAAACUUGUACAGGUUCAUGUUUUGUUGUUUUUAAAUAAAAACUCUGACUGAUUUUCUUUUUUA